UUCCCCAGUCCUGGUGCUCUUUGGCUCCCCAGCUGGCCAGGGUUGAAGAUGCAAGUGUAAGGAGCUCCAGACUCCGGACAGAGUGGGUCAAUUUUCUGCUUAGUCACUGCCCUCUCCCCUCCCGAAUGGCUACCCGUAUCACUGGCUGGGGGUGAUUUGGGGGUGACUCAGGAACAUCCUACACACCCCUGGAUUCUCUGGAAAUGGCAAAGGGCGGUGUGUCGUAAACCCUGGCCACCAGCCCCCGUGGGAGGGGGGAGGUUUGUGGCCGAGCCAGUGAGGGGUUGGGAUGGGGGGCUUAUUUCCCCAGCAUGGCCGAGAAGAGAAGGGUGCUGGGGUCCUUGGAGGGUCUAGAGGAGGUGUAGAGGAGAACAGAGCUGCUGGGCGCCUCUCCUGCCUAUACCCUGUCCCUAGCUGAGCCCUGCAGCCUGGCCUGAGGCCAGGAAGCCGGAUCAGCAGGUCCCAGGGGUGUGGUGGCUACCGGUGGCUGAGCCAGCCUACGUCGGCCAAGGCAGGCAGCGCAGGCAGCGCAGUCCAUCAGGAGCAGCCGAGCGUGUGGCAGCAGAAGCCAGAGAGGCAGCGUGGCCAUGAGCUCGCUGCUGUACUAUGCCCUGCCGGCCCUGGGCAGCUAUGCCAUGCUGUCCAUCUUCUUCCUGCGCCGGCCUCGCCUGCUGCACACACCCCGGGCUCCAGUCUUCCUGGCGCGCCUGGGGGCCCACCGAGCAGGAUCUGGAGAGCGGCUGGAGAACACCAUGGAGGCCAUGGAGAACUCCAUGGCCCAGCGAUCCGACUUUCUGGAGCUUGACUGCCAGUUGACCCAAGAUGGUGUGGUGGUGGUAUCACACGACAAGAACCUGUCCCGCCAGUCAGGCGUGAACAGGGACAUGGACAGCCUGGACUUUAAGGACCUGCCCCUCUACAAGGAGGAGCUGGAGGUGUACUUCUCACCAGGUCAGUUCGCACAGGGGUCGGACCGGCGCAUGGUGUGUCUGGAGGACGUAUUCCGGAGGUUCCCUCGGAUGCCCAUGAGCGUGGAGAUCAAAGAGGACAAUGAAGAGCUCAUUAACAAGGUCGCAGACCUGGUGAGGCACUUUGACAGAAAUGAAAUCACCAUCUGGGCCUCAGUGAACGGCUCGGUCAUGAACAAGUGCAGGGCUGCUAACCCCGAGAUGCCAUUCUCCUUCACCAUCGGCCGAGCUUUCUGGAUGGUGCUGUUCUAUUACCUGGGAUUGCUGCCCUUUGCGUCCAUCCCGGAGAGGUUUUUCCUGUGCUUCCUGCCCACCAUCAUCAAUAGGACCUACUUCCCAUUCUCCUGCUCUGGGCUGAACCAGCUGGCAGCUGUGGUUACCAAAUGGUUACUCAUGAGGAAAAGUCUGAUCCACCACCUGCAACAGCGAGGAGUGCAGGCUGGGAUGCGGUGUGGAGGAAGUGAGCGCCGGACGCUGGAGAAGGUGGCCCAGGCCCAGGCAGGCAGCCUGUGCACAUCCGUUAAGGAACCUGGACUUCAGCCUGGAGGAAGGGAAGCGUUUGAGGGCCUGAAGCAGAGCAGAGACCUGAUCCAGUUGAAUCCUGGGCUGCAGCGUCAGCAGUGGGCUGGGUGGACCAGCUGGCUGAUGGGCCGAGCACUCCACAGCCAGGAUGUGGGGGUGGUCUUUUGGUGCCUUAACGAAGAGUCCGAUUUUGAAGUGGCCUAUGGCCUGGGGGCUGUUGGUGUCAUGACAGACUACCCCACAGCCCUGAGGUGCUACCUGGACAACCAUGGCGGGGCCGCCCUGGCCUCCUAACAGCCCGGAGGCCCUUGCCCUCUCCUCUCUCUCUCCCUCAAUAAACAUUUUCUUACUA